GAAAACGUGACGACGUUGGUCAGCAUCGCAACCAAUAGUAACCAGUGAGUCAGACAACAGGAAACCAGAGCAACAAAUUAUUUUUACUUCUGGCACAUUUUAAACACAGCAGAGCAGAAGCAGCAGCACAGCCACGUCCGAGCGACAUGAGAGCGGAGGACGCGUUCAGGAAGUCACCGACACAGCGAAGAAUGUGAAGAGGGAGACGAUGUGCUCCACGGAAAGCAGCGCGGAGCAGCCACCGACAUCGUCCGACCCGGCUAUGAUCCUGGAGCUGAGGACCAGGCGUCCUCCGUCCUUGGAGGGCCGGGCGGGAUGUGAGACCUGGAGCGUGGACUUCUCCCCGGACGGAGCCUGGUUCGCCUGGUCGAUGGGACACGGGAUCGUGUGGGUGGUCGCCUGGCCUCUGGACUCUGAAGACAGUCAGAGUGGAGAGAUCGACCGAGGAGACAAGAGCUUUAGUUGCGGUCAUCCAGUGUGGGGCCUCGCCUUCGGACCCAGACCCCCAAAGUCUGGUGCAGUGGCACGGCCAUCUAAAACACCACCAAAAGGGAACAACAGCCUGUUUCUGGCCACAGGCUUGGAGAAUGGGGUGAUCAAAAUCUGGAACGUGUUAACAGGUGAUGCUGUGUUUGAUCUCCAUGGCCACGAAGGCGUUGUACGGGACCUGGUCUUCCCACAGAACGGGACACUCACACUCAUAUCAUCCUCACGGGACAAGACAUUGAGGAUUUGGGACCUGGCUCACAAAGGUAAAAAGGUGCAAGUGCUUACAGGCCAUAAAGACUGGAUCAGCUGCUGCAGCGUAUCGUCAGACUGCAGCAUGAUCGCGUCUGUCGGCAGAUUUGACAGAAUGGUGUGUCUGUGGAGUCUGCGGUCAUAUACGUUCAUGAGGAACCUGACAGGAGGGACCCAUAAGACCUUGUACCUCCUGUCCUCCUGCGACUUCUCUCCUGACGGGGCGCUGCUCGCCACCGCAGCCUUUAGCGGCUCCAGCUGGUGGAUCGACCUGUGGGACCCGUACACUGCGGAGAAGCUGGCCACUCUGGCCGACUACUUUGAAGAUUACGGGCAAAACCAAAUCUCAGCACUACAGUUCUCCCCCAACGGGUUAUACUUGGCCAUCGUGACUGAUGACAGGGCUCUUCGGAUCUGGGAGCCAGGAAAGAGAGGGAUGGUGAUGCAGACCAAAGUGGAUCGAGACUCUAAUGGACUCUGCUGUGACUACCAUCCACAAGGGGGCGUGGUCGCCACAGGAACCAGAGACGGCCACGUGAGGUUCUGGAAGGCUCCCAGGACUGUGCCCAGCCUGUGCCACCUGUGCAGAUCCAUCCUGCGCCACUCGGUCUCCACACACCAGAUGGAGCCGCUGCCCCUCCCCAAGAGGAUCCUCCAGUACCUCACCUAUAGAAACAUCCCCGACCGCCUCAAGACCUGCUACUCCUCAGAGGAGGAGUGGGAAGGUUGAAUCGAAAUGCUAGCACAAUGCAACGAUUUACAUUUACAGCAAGUGAUUGUUAUACAUGUCUUUUGUUUGAGGACUGAGAUGCUCUCAAAGCUUAAUUUAGCACAGGAAGCAUCACUGUAAUUUACUGUAGAUGAUAGAACACUAGAGUUCAUUAAUUGCACUACUACUGUAAGGCGAUGCAUAAAACUCAAUGUUCACAUGCUUGACUUGAAUAUCACAAUUUUAUACUCUUAAUUUAUUGUGUAAAUAUCAAAUAUAUAUGCAUUUCUAAUUCUUGUUUAUUAUCACUAAAUGGCACAUGCACCACUACUGUAUCAGCACAUUCAUUGUUAAUAUACUGUAUCAAAAACUGGACAUAAAGGAAAUAGUUUUAAUAAACAGAUUUAAUGACA